GGCGGCCUCGGCCACCGGCACGGCGCGGGGCGCGUGGCGGGUUCGGCGCACGGUGCCGUGCAGCCCCCUGGACACUUCCAGCCCACCAAGUACUUCCCCGCGCCCAUCUCCAUGGCCACGCACACAGCCGGCAGCGGCCUGAUGGGGAACGCGCCCGCCUCCUCCUUCAUGGGGGGCUUCCUGAGCAGCAGUCUGGGCUCGGGGGCACCCAGCCACCCCGCCGGCCCCACCGCCUCCCCCCCGGAGCCGGCUUUCCGCGGGCCCCACUCCGGCACCUCCCAGAUCUGGUUCUCGCACUCCCACGAAGGGGACCCCAAGGUGGGUCCCCGCUUGACACCACCCCUCUCCCCACCACCGGCAGCCGACGUGAUGGACCAGGCGUCGCUGUGGCCCCCGAUGUACCCGGGCCGGGGUCCCGGCGCCCACCUACAGCACACGGGGCAGCUGCCCGUGUACUCCCGCUCCCAGUUCUUGCGGCAGCAGGAGCUCUACGCCCUGCAGCAGCAGCAGCGGGCAGCCCAGGCCCUCGAGAUCCAGCGCCAGGCACACGUCCAGCGGAAGCCGGAGGAGCAGCCCCUGGAGCUGGAGGACGGGGGUCCCGAGAAGCCCCUCAAACCCUCCCACAAAGCAGUUGCCUUAAACCCCCCGGCCAAGGGCCUGUCCUCGGCGGCCCCCGGGCCCCCCAAGCUGUCCCCUUGCUGCCACUCUCCGGCCCUGCGGCACCCGGCCAAGUGCCCCGUGGCCCUCCCCGCGGCCCCCUGCACUUUACCCGUCUGCCCUGCCGCCAGCUCCGCCGUGGCCCCCCGCUCCCCGGCCGACAGCCCCCUGCCCGUCCAGAGCAAGGGCAGCGACGGCGAGGACAAGCGCGGAGAGGGGCAGCCACCCCGCGACUACCCCAAGUCCCUGGAACCAGACCUGCCCCCCGGCUACAGCUACCCCGCUGCCGGCAUGGGCUUCUCCGAGGCGCACUCCGCCGAGCCGGCUGACCCUGACACUAUGCACGCUGGCUCCCCGCCGGCUGAGCCGGAGCAGUCCCGGACCUUCAGCCCCGCCGGCGAGGUGUUGCGGGAGCCGGGCCCCCCGCGGGAGCCGCCGACCGGCGGGGCGAUGGUCGAGGGUCCCGGGGCUCUGCUGCACCGCCAUCACCUCCUCCUCGCCCCGGGACCCCUCUGCGGGGAGCGGGGUCCGGCCCCGGCCGCGGGGGCCGCCGAGGAGCGGGCGCCGGUGCCUUUUGGGGUGCGCCGGGAGGCGGCUCAGGGAGUGCCAGAGCAGAGCCCGCCAGAGCAGCAGUGCCCGGUGCCCGUGGUGGGGGCGUCCCCACUGGCCCCCACUGUGGAGGAGGAGGAGGAGGAGGAAGACGAGGCCGACAGCGAUGGCUCACAGCCGGAGGGCAGCUGCGACGAGGAGGAUGGCGACGGCUCCGCUGGGCGACAGGGCUGCCCCGGCGGGCUGGAGGCGCUGAUUGCCGCUGGCAUCGACCUGGGGGAGCUGCCGGCGCUGGGCUCGCCCGGGGAACCCCCCCCGGCCCCCCCCUCGCCCGCUCCCCACGCCUCAGGGAUCCCCGGCAUCGCCCUGCUCAGCGAGCUCGCCGACCUGGAGCUGCGCCGGCGUCGUUGCGACUUGGCCCUGGAAGGGUGUCCCUGGUCUUGCCGCGGCUGCAGGCGUGACGAGAGCUCCCGGAGCCCGGCGCGGCGCGGCCCGGGGCGGCCGAGGAAGCGCAAGCACUCCAGCACGCUGGGCAGGGCUGAGAGCCGCAAGGUCAAGGCGGUGAAGACCAGCCUGUCCCUGCUGUGCGCCGAGCUGCGGGGAGACCCUGAGCCCAAGAAGAAGAGGAGCAAGCUGGCCGAGGCGGCGUUCGGCAGCCUUAAGGGCUCCCCGGAGAAGGUGCGGUGCAAGAAGAGCGGGUCGCAAGGCAAGCUGGCCUGUAAGGUGGCUCACAAGGUCUCGCAGCUGAAGCAGAAGGUGAAGAGCAAAGGGCUGCCCGCCGGCAUCAGCCCCUUCCGCCGGAAAGACCCCAACCCUGCCGGCCGCAUCCAGAAGAAGCUGUCCCGUCCCAAGAGCUCCAAGGCUGCCAAGUACCAGACGCAGGACCCCGACCCCCGCCAACCGGCGGGCUUCAAAGAUGAGCACGACGGGGACACAGACAGCGAGGACGGCGACGAUGAGCCGGGCUUGUCCCUGCCGCCCUCGGUGCCCGUGGCCGUGCUCGGACCCUCGCCAUCCUCCGUGGUGAAGAUGGAGGCCAACGAAAAGGCGAAGAAGAAGAAGGAAAGGCAGGGACUGCUAGGGCCCUGCCGCCUCGGUAGCCCCGAGGGCGAGGUGAAGAUCAAGAGGCGGCCGGUGAAGCCAGGAGCCGGCAAGCUGGAGAAGGUGCCGGCGCGGCGGAAGGCGGGCGGCUGCGAGGAGGGCGGCAAGAAGAAGCUGAAGGCUAAGCCCAAGGAGAGCCUCCGGCCACCGGCCCCCAGCGGACCCAGUGCCCCGACCCCCGCCGGCAGCCUCUUCACUGGCACCGACCCCUGGCACUUUGGGCCGAGGGACGAGGGGGCUCGCCUGGCCAGCGAGAGGCUGAAGAAAGCCACACGCAAGAGCAAGGUGCUGCAGUCGGCCCUGAGGCGAAAGAACGGGGCGCUCUCGCUGGCCCUCUCCCCCCGGAGCGCCAAGACCAUCCUGAGCAAGGGCAAGAAGCUGGCCAAGGUGAAGAGCAAAGUGGCCACCAAGCAGUGCAAGGGCCGGGCAGUCAGCAAGCUGCUGGAGAGCUUCACCGUGGAGGACGACUUUGACUUUGAUGACAACAGCAGCUUCUCGGAGGAGGAGGAGGAGGGGGGCUGCUUGGCGGGGGUGGCACGGGGGGGACGCCGCUCCCCCCUGCCCCACAUCUGUGCCAUCCAGAAGGAGGAUCUGCGGGACGGGCUGCACAUCCUCAUCCCCAAGGAGGACAGCCUGCUCUACGCUGGCAGUGUCCGCACCAUCCAGCCCCCCGACAUCUACAGCAUCAUCAUUGAGGGCGAGCGGGGGAACCGGCAGCGUAUCUACUCGCAGGAGCAGCUGCUGCAGGAGGCGGUCCUCGACAUCCGGCCCCAGUCACGACGCAGCCUCCCGCCGGGCACUCGCGUCUGCGCCUACUGGAGCCAGAAAUCCCGCUGCCUCUAUCCGGGGAACGUGGUUCGAGGCUCCUCCAGCGACGAGGAGGAGGAUGACCCCGAGGCGGUGAUGGUGGAGUUUGACGAUGGGGACACGGGGCACAUCGCUGUCUCCAACAUCCGCCUGCUGCCCCCCGACUUCAAGAUCCAGUGCACCGAGCCGUCCCCCGCGCUGCUGGUCUCCAGCUCCUGCCGGCGGACGAAGCGGUCAUGCGGCGACGUGCCCCCAUCCAGCGAGCUGCCCCCCAGCCUCUGCCCGGACCGCCACGAUGGCCCCGAGCCCCCCAAGAACUCGGGCAAGAAGGCGGCCAGCAAGGAGAAGAGUGGCAAAGCUACGGAGGUGCUGUCGGGCGGCAAGGCGCCGGCGCUGAGCGACCCCUUCCUGGGGCGGCGCGGCGGGCCGCUGCUGAGCUGGUCGGCGGUGGCACAGACGAAGCGGAAGGCGGCGAGCAAAGGCACGGCCGUGCUGCAGAACCUCUUCCAGGUCAACGGCAGCGCCAAGAAGCUACGGGCCAAAGAGGCCAUCUUCCCCGUGCACCACCACCACCACCUCGCCACCCCCGUCUUCGGCAACGGCUUCGGGGCCGACUCCUUCAGCCGCAUCGCCAGCUCCUACGCCUCCUUCGGGGCCGGGGCUGGGCUGGUGCUGCCGGCUGCCCAGAAACUCCUGCGCUCCAAGAAGGCCGAGCGGCUGGAGGCAGAAAUGGGCAAAAGCAGCCGGAGAAAGGCAGGCAGUGAGUACCUGGUCAAGCUGGACCACGAAGGGGUGACGUCCCCCAAGAACAAGAACUGCAAGGCUCUGCUGCUGGCUGAGAAGGACUUUGGGGCCAAGCUGGAGCGGCCCCUGGCCAGCCACGGCUAUGCCCACGCGGCCCUGGCCGGCAAGGAUAGGAAGGGUCGGGCGCCCGUGCACCAGCUGCCCGUGGGGCUGGCGCUGCGGAAAUACUCGGGCCAGGCCGAGUUCACCCUGAACUGCGACAGCGACUGCCACAGCUCCUACUCGGACAUGGACGAGGAUGAGGAGGCGGGCGGGCUGGGCGCCGACGUGCCCUCGCGCUUUAUGACCCGCCUCUCGGUUUCCUCCUCUUCCUCGGGCUCUUCCACCUCCUCCAGCUCCGGCUCCAUCUCCACCUCCAGCCUCUGCUCCUCCGACAACGAGGAUUCCUCCUACAGCUCCGAGGACGAGGACUCCACGUUGCUGCUCCAGACCUGCCUCUCCCACCCGGUGCCGGCGCUGCUGGCGCAGCCGGAGGCCCUGCGCUCCAAGAGCGGCACGCCGCAGCGCUGCUUCCUCACCAAGGCCGCCGCCGCCGGCCCCAAGGCCAAGCUCAAGCGCAAGGAGGCCCUCAGCUUCUCCAAAGCCAAAGAGUUCUCCCGGAGGCAGCGCCUGCCCUCGGUGGAAAACCGGCCAAAGAUCUCCGCCUUCCUGCCCGCGCGCCAGCUCUGGAGGUGGUCGGGGAACCCCACGCAGCGGCGGGGCAUGAAGGGCAAGGCGCGGAAGCUGUUCUACAAGGCCAUCGUGCGGGGCAAGGAGACGCUGCGCAUCGGGGACUGCGCCGUCUUCCUCUCGGCUGGGCGGCCCAACCUGCCCUACAUCGGGCGCAUCGAGAGCAUGUGGGAGUCCUGGGGCAGCAACAUGGUGGUCAAGGUCAAGUGGUUCUACCACCCCGAGGAGACCAAGCUGGGCAAGCGGCAGAGCGACGGCAAGCCGGUGUCCUUGCGGCACAGUGACACCCACCUCGGCCACGACGGAUGCCUUUGGUUCACGCAAAACCAGUGA